UCUGCCGUUAUGGUGUGUGUAGUUGACUCUGUGCCUCGCCAUGUCUUCUUACAUGACUUUUAGGAUCAAGGGAUUCCUGGCUGAGAAACGAAAGCAGACUCAUCCCAUUCCCAAGUGGGUUUCGAUGAAAAUUAGUGAUAAAAUCAGGUAUAACUCUAAGAAGAGACAUUGGAGAAGAACCAAACUGAAUUUAUAAGUCACUUAUGAGA